AUGGAUUCAAGUAACCCCGCACCCAUUACACCUACUACACCUAUUACACCUACCACACCUACGUCAUACGUAAAGCAGUCUUCCUCACUUCCUCCACCACCUUUAGAUCCUGCAAUGUUACAUAUUCUUUCGGGACUUCUGAGAGAUUUACAAUUCCUUAACCAACAACGGCAUCUUUCAGAUCUUGCGCUUCAGGAAAUAAUAGACAGACUACCAAAGCCUGCCUCAUUUAAUUUUAUUCAAUCACCAGCUGUACUUUCACCAGCUCAUUCUCCUGUAUCUGUACCUCAAGUAGGUUCGCCGGCUCCUUCUGUACAUUCUGAAAAAUCAAAAGCAGAUUCUGAACUUGUACAUUCCGAA